AUGUUGCUCCCACGCGUUGUGAUUAUCGUCGUGAGCGUCGUUGGAUGCCUGUGGCUAUGGGGCGUUCCUUUCUUCCCCCGUGUUCCCCUUCCUAGCACGCUACUACCGGCAAAAACGACGGAUGCACGCAAGAUUGUCAUGGUGACCGCAAGCUCAGGCUCAGGCCGAAUCCUGUCAUUACCCAACAUUAAAGAGCAGGUUUACGAGAACAGGAUGACAUAUGCUCAGCGGCACGGUCUGGAGUUCAUGUGGGCGAAUAUGACCAGUUACAAUCUACCCAACGGCGAAGGGCUAGUGUGGAACAAGAUGCCCGUCCUGAAAGAAGCGUUUGAUCGAUUCCCCGACGCUGAGUGGGUGUGGUGGAUCGAUAUCGAUAUCAUCAUCAUGAAUAUGUCCCUCAAUCUCACCGGUGCUGGCGGCGGGGAAACCGGAUAUCGUACUCCGGCGAUAUACAACUACGACGAUAUCAAUUUCGUCAUUCCGGAGGACCACUGGGGAAUGAAUGCUGGGAACUUCUUGAUGAGACGAAGUGAAUGGAGUGACUGGCUGUUGGACAUGUGGCUUGAGCCGCUAUUUGUCAAGGAAAAUUGGGUCUUUGCAGAAAACGACGCUUGGACGCAUAUGUGGCAGAAUCAUGAAAUCGUGCGAAAGCACUCUGCUUGUGUUAGCCAGCGAUCCAUGAACUCUUACCCGGCGAGUAAUCCUCUUGGUGAGAGCUGGCAGGCGGGAGACUUUCUCAUUCACUUUGCUGGAUGCGAUGGAGGCGGGGAAUGUCCGAACAAUUGGAAGCGAUACUGGGCUUUGAGGGAACAGGUCGAGGUGCCGAUGUCAGUGCAUAAGAAACUGGCGGAUGGCACAGCGGAGAUCGAGAACACUCAGCGUGGAGUUGGUAUGCCACUUCAAUAG